ACGCAACCAGUGUAUUUUGGAAGGGGGAAGGAGUGAGAUUGCCGGGUCAGGCCGCGUCCGAAACCAACUCCUGUCAGAAGAAGCAGGUUGUCGUGAGUGUGCGUUGUGUUGCAGCAAGUGUGACGGUGCCGUGUACCUGCGAGUGUCUCGUUCACCCUACAUUCUUAACGAGUCUGCUGUGAGGAGUAUCCCGUUCCAUUAUACAGUAGUUGCGAUGGCGCCCGCUUGGCUGGCGGCAGCGCUGCAGUUGCUGCUGUUCCAUGCGUCUCCCGCCGUCUCCCAAGGCUUCUACACGGUAGUUGCUCCGAAGGUGCUGCGGCCGAACACGGAGUACCACGCGGCGAUAACGACGCAGGGCGUGUCGCAGCCGACCAGGGUGACCGUGGAGGUGGGCGGUCGGCAGGACGCUGGCGGGAUGUUUACCGUCAAGGACACGGUGUCUGUCGAGCCCUACACCACCCGCAUAGUCAAGCUGGAGAUUGGUGAUCUGGGUUCAGGCUCGUAUAGCUUGAAAGCCCGAGGAGAGAUAGGUGUUGAGUUUGAGAACUCUACGGUCCUGGAUUACGUCCACAAGAGCUACUCGGUGUUCAUCCAGACCGACAAGGCGAUAUACAAGCCAGGACACAAGGUCCAGUUUCGAGCCAUUGUUUUGGACACGCAUCUUAGACCAGCUGUCACGGGAGCACUGGAUGUCAUCAUUACUGAUGGGAAAGGCAACCGCGUGAAGCAGUGGAGCCGCGCGGUGACGAUGAAGGGCGUCUUCUCGGGGGAGCUGCAACUGUCGCAGGUUCCCGUGAUGGGGGACUGGAAGAUAACCGUGACCGUAUUAGACCAGACUUUCGAGAAGGCGUUCCAAGUCGCUGAAUACGUGCUCCCCAAGUUCGAAGUGGCCAUAGACAUUCCGCAGCAUGCCACGUUCAAGGAUUCGCGACUAGUAGCCACUAUCCGGGCCAAGUACACCUACGGGAAACCUGUUAAAGGCGAAGCCACAGUAUCUGCGUACCCCAUCUACCACUCAGGAGUUUUGCAACCUAUUUUUCAAAAUCCAGUUCGUAAAGUAAUUCCGAUUGAUGGGAAAGCGGUUGUGGAUUUCGACAUUGCAAAAGAACUGCAAUUGACAGAUGAAUUCGAAAGAAUGGUGCAGUAUGAUGUCACUGUAGAAGAGUCAUUGACAGGGAGACAUCAGAAUAACACUGCUCAAGUUAUUGUCCACAAAUAUAAGUACAAAAUGGAUUUAAUCAAAACAUCAGAGCAUUUCAAACCAGGACUUAAAUAUGUGGCAUAUAUAAAACUAGCUUAUCAUGAUGGGGCUCCUGUUCAAGAUGCAAGCAACCCUGUUAUAGUGCGGUAUGGCUACUCCCACGAUACCGAGAAGUACAAGGAAGAACGCUAUAUGCUGAACAAAGAUGGAAUGGUAGAUCUUGAAUUCCACCCACCAAUGGACAAUGAUACACUAGUACUUGGUAUUGAGGCAGAGUAUUUGGAACUGAAAGAGUGGUUCUCGACCAUAAACAAAGCUACAUCUCCGAGUUCCACAUUUGUCCAGGCCAAUGUUGUUACAGAAAACCCAGCAGUGAACAAGGACGUGGAAGUGGUGGUGAACUCGACGGCACCCAUGAAGUACUUCACGUACCAGGUGAUUGGUCGAGGGGACGUCCUCAUGGCCAACACGGUGCAGGUGCCCGGCCAGAGGAGCCACAAGUUCCGGUUCCUGGCGACGUACGCGAUGGCCCCCGCGGCCCACGUGGUGGUCAGCUACUUGCGGGACGACGGCGAGGUCGUGGCCGACGCUCUCGACAUCCAGCUGGACGGCGCUCUGCAGAACUUUGUUGACAUUGAUGUAAAUCCUUCUGAAACUGGGCCGGGUAAAAACGUUGACUUGGUAGUCAAAGCAAAACCAAAUUCCUAUGUCGGUUUGCUUGGUAUUGACCAAAGUGUUCUACUCCUGAAAUCUGGAAAUGAUAUUACUGAGGAUGACGUGGUGGAGGAACUGAAGUCCUACGAUGCCGGAGGACACAACCCGUACAACGUUCCGAUGCCGUUUGCGAGGCGCAGGAAGCGAUCGUACUUCUGGUGGCCCGGAUCCUCGACGGCGAAGGAAGUGUUUGACAAUUCUGGAGCAGUUAUUUUGACAAAUGGACUAGUUUACGAAGAUUCGCCUCUCAGCCGAGCGACGGGGCGGGGCCUCGCCCAGAACCGCCCCGCGAACCGCCCCAUCCCCGCGCCGGGGCUGCACACCGUCAAGCCGGACCUGGGCCCCGCCGUGGUCACUGAACACGCGACCAGGCCCCCGCUGGCGGGCCCCUAUGCCUUCUCCCGCUUCCCCGCCCCCGUGUGGGACUGGCCCCGCGUCCACCUCCUGCAUGACUUGGCUCCCACCUGGCUGUUCGCCAACGUCACUGUAGGGUACGAGGGUCGUGCCAGCUUGAGUAAAAAAGCUCCUGAUACGAUCACCUCUUGGGUCAUAACAGGUUUUUCGGUGGAUCCGAUAUAUGGACUUGGCCUGUCACGUGCACCAAAGAAGCUUCGCAUCUUCCGCCCAUUCUUCGUGUCCCUGGAUCUUCCAUAUUCUGUGUUGCGAGGCGAGAUAGUGGCUAUACCAAUAAUAGUCUUCAACUACAUGGACAAAGAUGUAACAGCUGAUGUCACGUUGGAGAACCAAGGCCUGGAGAAUUUUGAAUUUGCAGAAAUAUCAAAUGAUGUAACAGACACACCAAAACUGGAACUCUAUAGGACAAAACAGGUAUCAGUGAAAGCCAACAGUGGAUCUUCAGUGUCUUUCAUGAUCACACCAAGAAAACUGGGCUACAUUACCAUCAAGGUCACAGCAAAAAGUAUCCUCGCAGCUGAUGCUGUGGAACGACAACUUCUCGUCAAAGCUGAAGGCGAGAAGCAGUACCACAACAAGGCAAUAUUCGUUGACCUGCGAGAGAAGCACAAACUCAAGACAAAUGUUACAUUGGAUAUUCCCGAGAACAUUGUGACUGGUUCUGAAAUUGUGGAAGUCUCUGCUGUCGGUGAUAUUUUGGGACCAAGCAUCCUGCAUCUCGACAGCUUGCUGAAAAUGCCAUCGGGUUGUGGGGAACAGAACAUGCUGAAUUUUGUCCCCAAUAUUGUGGUUAUCAACUAUCUCAAGAAUACUAAUCAGCUAACUCCAGCAAUUGAAAGCAAAGCCCUGAAGCUGCUGGAAAUAGGGUACCAGCAGGAGCUAACCUACAAGCGGAAAGACGGAUCUUUUAGCGCGUUCGGCAACAGAGACAGCAACGGCAGCACAUGGUUGACAGCGUUCGUGGUGAAGUCGUUCCGCCAGGCGGCCCCGCACAUCGGCGUGGAGGAGAGAGUGGUGCAAGAGGCCCUGCAGUGGCUGGCCGCCCGCCAGGCCGACAACGGGAGCUUCCCGGAGGUCGGCACCGUCAUCCACUCGGACAUGCAGGGUGGGGCGGCCCGGGGCCUGGCCCUCACCGCGUACACCCUCGUCGCCUUCCUGGAGAACCAGAAAGCUGCACCACUGUACCAGAGCGUCAUAAACAAGGCUGCAGACUAUAUAGCGAGGAACCUGGACGGGCUGGAAGACAUGUACGCUAUCGCCCUCUGCAGUUACGCCCUUCAGCUGUCUGGACAUCCAGCCAAGGAAGCCGCCUUCAAUAUUCUGGAGGGCAAAGCAAUGUCUACAGAGGACACCAAAAUGUGGAAGAGACCACUGCAGAAGGAGGACGAGAAGAACCCGUGGCACGCACUGCCCAACUCUGUGGACGUGGAGAUGAGCGCGUAUGCCCUGCUUAGCUACCUGCAGAAAGGCCUCACACAGGAUGCCAUCCCCAUCAUGAAGUGGCUGGUUUCACAGCAGAACGAGAACGGAGGGUUUGCGUCCACGCAAGAUACAGUGAUUGCACUGACAUCUCUGGCUAAGCUGGCCGAGCAGAUUUCCUCGACCGCUGUCGACAUCGGAGUGAGCUUCACGUUCCCGGGAGACAAACCCGUCAUCAUGAAAGUGAACAAAGCCAAUUCAAUGAUACUGCAGAAACAAUCACUUCCGGGAAAGGUGAGAACCGUGAACAUCACAGCUGAAGGCACGGGGUUCGCCAUCGUGCAGGUGUCAUAUCAGUACAACGUGAACGUGACAGGGGCGUGGCCCUUGUUCACGCUCGACCCUCAAGUGGACAGGAACUCUGACAGCAACCACCUCCAGCUCUCCAUAUGCUCAGGGUUUGUGUCGAGGAAGAGCAACGAGAGCAACAUGGCUGUGAUGGAAGUAGCCCUGCCGUCAGGUUUCACGGUUGACCUGGAGACCUUGCCGAGCCUUCAAGCAUCUGAAAAUGUGAAACGAGUCGAGACCAAGGAUGGGGACACCACUGUCAUGCUGUAUUUUGACAAAAUGUCUGCGCAAGAAAACUGUCCGACUGUGUCAGCGCACAGAACGCACAAAGUGGCCAAACAGAAACCUGUUCCAGUAACAAUUUAUGAUUACUACGAUUCAUCUCGCAGAGCCCGGGUGUUCUACCAGCCGCGGGUGGCCACCCUGUGCGACAUCUGCGAAGGAGAGGACUGCGGAGACGUGUGUGACAGCAGCUCCAACCCACACAGCGACCUGAAGGCCCCUGCGGCGGCAUGUUACCACGCCCCCUUCACGUGGGCGGUCUCUCUGGGUGCCGUGACCAUCCUGUACAUCUUAGGCUGAGUGAUGCUACAGAACUAUGAGACUGUCACGAGUGUCACACACGUCCAGUGGCAAGAGUGCAUUCAGAUUGUUAUAAUGUGUACAAGGAACAUAACAGUUGUACAAGAGCAGAUUGUUAAUACUGCUUAAAAUGGCUGUGUAAAAUAUUUACAUGUUAGUAUGGUUGUAGACAAGUUUAAGAGCAGGCAGAAAAUUGUGUAUUUUUGUUACCCUCAAAUUUAAAACAGAAGACUAAUAUUAAUUUGUCUGCCAAGGAAAGUAGAGGUAUACAUAUGGCAUAACUUAAAUAAUGCAAAAUUUUUUCCACUUAGUUAUAUUUUGUUAUAAACUAUAUUGGUUAUAAAAUAACCCUGGCCAAUGAUACAUAUGGUGCCUAAAGAUUAUAGUGCUGCAUCAUAUUAUUUAGUAGAACCAAAAAAUACCUGUAAUAUUAUUUAAUUACUAUGUUAAUCACACUAAAUAAAAAUGACAUUACAACAGAAAUGGUAGGGAUUUUGAUACUUAAGCAAUAUUAAUUUCCUGCAUUUGUAAUAUUUAAAGAUAUUUUGUAAAAUUUGUAUAUUGAUAAACAUGAAAAUUCUCCCAUUAAAACAUAUUUACACCUUUAA